AUGAUGACCGAGCCGUUGCUACUAGCGGCUCGUGAGCUCGCGCAUGGCUCUGUAUCGUCUCUUCCUCUUGAUGUUGAGGUUGUAGCUUCUGCUAUAUCUUUUAAACAUUUGGCCGUGUUAUUUCAGUCCCAAAGUGCGCGAAAUAGCGUCCAUUUGGGUGUGUUUAAGAUCGACGAUAAGGUCGACGUGGAGGAGCCAGAGUUGUUUGAUUUACUCUCAAAUAUGGAUACUUCAGUGGCUAUUAAAGCUAAUAAAUGCAAGUGGUCACUUGUAUGGAGCCCUGACCUAACAUUUCUUGUCGUUAGUGGCCAAAUUUCAUGCUCUGAGAGCGAAUAUGAAGGGGUCCUUUGGAUAUUUACACGCUCCGAGUGGUUGACUUCUACUGCAGUUUCUAUAGAGUCGACGGAUUCUCCUUUGGUACUUUAUAUACGUCCGUCUACGUACUUGAGUGCAAAGCAUUGGAAUCCUACAACGAGUAUCAUGAACGUUUUUUUUCCAACACAAAGCGGGAGCAAAGUGUUUGUGCUGUCAGAGGACGGCGUUUGGCUUAGUGUAAGUGUGCAAUUGACCAAGUUAGCUCUUGCUGCAAUGAAUCAGUCGACGUCAAAUGAUACAGCAGGUAUCAUUACGAUGCAAGGGGUAAAGAAGCUCACGGAGUGGCAUGCGGGUGUCACGGCAGCAUGCUACGACCCUGAGAGUUCAAUACUCGUCGUGAGUGGUGGAGUGAGAGACCCGAGCUUGGACCUGUUGGAGAAAAACGUAUCGUCGUUGAGUGUUUGGAAAGUGAUGCAUGAUAACGAUCGUAAAGAAUUUGGCGAGUUGCUGGAUUUCGCGAUGGUUGUAAUGGGAGAAACGAAGCAUUUAUGUGACGAAACGAAAGAUGGUAAGACAAAGCAAUUUGAUUGUAUGUCGAUCUCAAGAGAGAAAAGUAUUGGGCUGAUUGCAAGCAUCAAGAAUACACUUUCUGCUCCGCUGAAGAUGAUGGUAGGUAAUGAAACGAUGAAAAGCCGUGUAACACAAGGCUCGAUUUGCCACCUAGCUUUGGCACCGAAUGGCAACUUUGUUAGCAUGGUGGAUGACCUUGGAAGGAUUGCCAUCCGUCAAAUUGAUGUAUGCGCGGAUGUACUGAAUUGGCAAGAAGUAGAAGACGAGACGGUUGGUCGCACCAAGGCAAAUGCUAUAAAGAUGGUUAUGUGGCUGGCAAACGACUUAGUAGCUUUGAUGCUAUCCAACGAGCGCGUUAUGUAUUCAAGGUUUAUUAUUUCAGGGAAAGAUGAGACCGAAUUUAAGUCAUUCGCUAGCGAUAGUGAAAGCGAUGAUACCUCAGGACCAUAUGGCCGACUUGUGCUUAUCCCUGCUCAGCACUAUCGACCUGUGACGGGUGUUUUGACUGGCAAUGUUCGAACUCUCGCGUAUGAGGUGAAGGAAUUUUCAUCAAGCGAGAAAGAGAGUUUUGCAUUUACUGCAUGCGAGCUUGUCAUUAUUGGAGAUGUAUGGGUUGCGAACCAGGUUUGCAAUCUGGGAAUAACUCCAUUUGUUGAGUUGUUGUUGGACGCACAGAAGUUUGAAGACGCCCUAGAGGCGGUGGCUCUUUACGGAGGAAGUGAUAUUGCCAUAAACGCGGACAGUAUUCACCGCCACAUCUGGAUGCAAUACCGACAGAAAGGUGCUUGGUUUAAUGGAAAGUGUAAUGAUGAAUUAGCCUCCAAAGACGACUUGGCACUUCAGGAUCUUGUGCUUCUGUCCACACGACCACGUGGGCUACUUCAACGCGAAGAAUGCGAUGAGUUUUUGGAUGCGUUGGGUCAUUUACGAGCGAUAUCUGACAAACAAUGGGUACUCAAUGAAUGCUUGCAUGUUGUUGCAGACGACUCGGCCGCCAACAUGAAAAGGAUUCUUGAGAUUGCGCAGGACGCAUUUGUCUGUUUGGAUAAUGGCAGCGAGGUUGUUACAGAAUUGUUGCAAGAGAAAGAGGAUCUUGAGCGAUACAUGUAUCGCCUUGAAACACUGCGGAUGAUUUUAUGCAAAGAAGAUGACAUGUCUACAAUGUCAAUUGUAGGUGACCACACUUUUGAUGGGGCUACAUAUGCUCGAUUUAGAUCGUCGUCUAUCGUGACAACAGCGAAACAGUUUGCACGAGAGGGGCGCGUUGAUGCAGUUAAGAUUAUAUUCAGCCGACACGGAUGGAACGUACUUCCUUGCUGGCUAAAUAUUCUUGAGUUGCUUCCACCCUCAGUUCCACCCUCUUCGUACGCGUUAUUGCUUCCGGCCGUUACUGCCCAAGUAGAAGGCGAUGAUGAGGUCUUUGUUCUAAGCGGGUUGAAUGGUGUUGAUUCUGAAUGCGAUGACAGCAGUGACCCGGCGGUUCGGGUUGCGCUUCUCGAAGAGAAUCGGCUUUACGACGCAACUGAAGAAGAGUUAUUGAAAUUUGAAGAAUACAGAAGCAUGGAACGCGAAGGGCGCAAUUUAGCGUAUAGGGAAUGGCUUUCAAGAAGGAUUUUGGAGCUGGACACUCGUUAUGGCCAACUUGCUUUUGCUUAUGAAAUGAGCAGGCUGGCAACCAAGUGUCUAUACGGAUGGUCCGACGUAGAUGCCAAGAAGCCUUUGGAGCAGCUCUUUCUGCACACUGAGCGCUUAUACAAGUGCGUGUAUUUGCUGCAUUUAUCAGCCUGUUGUUUGCUGCCACUGGAAGAUUGGUCAGCGUUAUCGAUACGUGAUCAAGCCAUGAUUGUGGUGGGCAUUGACGAAAAGGAACUCGCUGGAGACGUUGCCUCCAUCAUCGAUUGGUUGAAUGUAGUGUUUGUUGUUCAGCGCCAAGAUCGCUUGUAUGCGCUGGACGGCCUAUUUUCAUGGCUGGCGCAGACUAUUUUAGUGAAGUCGUCGCUGUCACGUCUGACACUUGCAGCGCAGUUGAUUCAGCGAAGUAACCCCUCGAUUGAGCUAACUAAACGCUUGAUCCAAAGUGACACGCAGGUCAUCAAGACCGCACUCAAUAUCGUUUACUCGGUGAAAGUUUCUGAAAUCAUCGGUGACAAACCGCUAAGCGGGAAUACGAGUGGUUUUAUGCAGUGUCACCUUACACUCGUUGAACAGCUAUGGACGAUAUUCCAAUCUUUGCCUGCUCGAAAGGAAAAUGAUCCGCCGGAGAUGGCUCAAUUGCAAGUGGCUGUGGAUGAAAUGGAGGAUUUAUUGAUCACAGUGGAUAUGCUCAGCAAAUAUGAAGUGGCUUCCUCACCUGGCGAGCUUAAGUAUCGGAUGCUGACAGACAGCGAUAGUACGACAGAUGAUGGCAGCACUAGUGGGCCGCUUUAUUUGCUUGAACAGAUGUGCUCGUUUGUUUUUUCAGGUCAGUGUCGUGACGACAAAGGACAUCUUGGUGGAAAACAGUGGCAAGACGUUCUUCAAGAUGCAUUUAAGUUAAAAGAGCACGCAUUUGGUGAGCAGUUGAGCCAACAAGUGAUUUUGGAUGUUUUAAUGAAGCACCUGCUUGCCCCUGAUUGUGCCUAUGUUGAGGCUGCUCAAGAUUUGGUGAAUCAUUGGAUAGCCUUUGAUGUACAAGCCGUUGAACAUGUGAUAGAUGGAUUGUUCAUGGCGAUCCGAGUAAAGCUAGAUUCUCUUACUGGGUACUCAGAGAAUACAAAUGCGAAUGCUGCUUACAAAUCUGCUCUAAGCUGCAUUGACAUUGUCAGAAAGUUACUCUCUCUCCCAUUAUGGGACGAAGGCAAUCGGGGAGCGUCGAAUGCAAAAGAACACUACGAGGAAGUUUUGUCACUGGAGCUGGACACAAUACAGGCAUGUGAAUUACUUGAUUUAUUGACGUAUGGUGCAAUCAAGAUGUCGCCUUCACAGCUCCGUGCUAGAGAAGCACAAGAUGACGCUCUUAAAAUUCGACUUGAUGCUCUUUGCCAAAUAUUUGCGAGUGACCCAACCAAUUUUAAACCUUCCAUGCGUGCUAAGGAAUGGCUAGCGCAACACAGUGGUAGCAAAGCUGAGCUUUCAAACGAUAGAACGGCGACAGAUGUAUGGAAUGAACCACUGGCAGCUGUUAUGAAAUUGGCUAGAUUGCUGCGUGUUGACUCGCAUAAGCUGAUAAUUUGGAUGAAGGGUGCAUAUGCGGCCUUAUAUUGUAUGGAUUACGAUGUUGCGUACGAUCUGACAAUGCAAGUAAUUGCUGAAAUUCCGUCCAAGACUGAUCUAGUUGCAAAUGACAGUGGCAGUAGCGAUAAAUUCACACUUCCACACCUGAUUUCGUUGGUGCUAGAUCUUGUUUCUGCUUCGUCCUUCCGAUCAUGGGAGAAAAAGCGCAAGCUAUGCUGUGCACUAUUGAGUGCAACCAAUGCCUCGUCCACAGACCUUUUUGCGCAUCAAGUGACGGAUCUGGUGGUUUCGUGUUUGAAGAGGAUUGAAGCCGUCCAAGCUUUAAUGUUCGAGCUUGGCUUGUCGGACAAUGAUUUGGAGCAACGACGACUAGAUGGGUGCAACAACACCAGCAGUGCUGAAUCUGUGCUACUAAAUGAGCUGAAGGUGGUAAUCGGCUUGCUGCACGAAGAAAGACAUGAUCAUCAGUACCUGUUACGACUGUUGCAACGCGGAAUUCAGCUGAUUUUUGCAAUGUCCGACACAUUUGCUAGUACUGAAAACCACGAUCAUAAUAAAUCUUUAUCGACAUUUCUCCAGCAAAUGGUACAACUUUGCGUGGAAGAAGCUGUAGAGCUGGAAGUUAUCCGCACUGCUAGCGACCCAGGGGACUGGCAACAGUACAUGGAACUGGGCUUCAGCUAUUUAGUGAUGUUGGGCGACCUUAGCAAUUACGAUAAAAAUUUUGAAGCGUUUUGCAUCGAUGAAGUUCUCUCUCGAUUAUUCACCGAUGAACGAAGACACGUUUCAUCUGUGGCGCCAUCUGAUGAAAUAUUGCAUACAACUGAUGUCGUCGUUCGUAGCUUGCAUCAUUUCUUUCUGCUCCAUGCAUCCAUAGCGAAGGAAAGCACGGUGGAUAAUGAUGUGGAAACUUUGUCAAGUUGCAGAGAACGUUUCGGUACAUUGUCUGCUUCAUACGAGCGAGCACGAAGGGUGGUAACUUGUGCUGAUCAUUUACAUAAAAGUACUUCAAGUGAUGCAGCGCCUACAGCUGAGCAACCAAACGAGUUGCAGGUCUUGGUACCGGAACAACGAUACCUAGUUUUUGUGAACCUAGCUCAACGAUGCCAAGAGCGGCUGGUCUCACAGAAAAAAUCUCAGGAGCUAGAACAGAUGAGCAUGUUCUUUAACACAGAAUUGGAUUUGGAACGUUUCUCGCAAGAUGAAGGUUAUCGUAACAACAAGAUCCUACUACUAGCCACGAAAAAGGAACACUUUCAGCUGGCGAGACAGUUUGCCAGCAAGUACGGUAUCGAUGAAUAUGAAUGCGUGCUGACAUACAUUAAAAGCGCGCUCGCCUUUCUACCCGAUGGAAGUCAGGCUGAUCGUCGAGAGCAGCUGGACGAAGCAUUUGCUAUUGAACAAGUAGACAUUUUGGAGGAAGCUUUGCAAAGACCGAUAUCUUUUGGAGACUUUUUGCUGAAAAGAUCGGUAACAGGAGCUCCAAGUUUGUACGAAGCGAUCGAUGGAACGGAUCAUGUUGGUCUUUUGCUCGUGUUACGCAUGAUUUUAGAGUGCUCGAAGCGACUAAACCAGGAGUCCGCAGAAACGGUGGUGUCAUCCCACGUGCAACCUCUGUUUCCGCUGCCCAAAGCUUCGAUUGACCGAAUCACGCUUUUGUUCAUGUGCCUGAAAAAGCUGAAAGAUAUUGCAGACUCACUCGACGAUGUGGCCUCUGUUGACCUAAAACUGAUAGGUGUAGCCUCUACAACUUCCGAGCUCUUGACCCCCUUAGCAUCAUCGCGCGCAGAUAUGGCAACUAAUCAGCAAAUAGCCGUUGAAGCAGCGCGGCCCCUUUUGACUGGCAAGUCCAUUAAGUUUGUAACCAAGAUCCUGCGCAAAUUGCAUCGUGUGACACCGAGUUCCAUGGUCAUGAUCUAUUUCAACGAUACACUGACAAACUUAUGGAGAGAACAUGGAGCUGUUGCUACCACUGAAGCUAAACGUGCCGACUUAGCGUCCUACGCGUACAAGUCGUGUAUGCCAUAUCUAUCGGUGCUUUCAAGCGAGCAUUUAAUGCUAUUCCAUUGCUUUUUCCUCAAUGGAUUGGACAGGGAAUCAUUACCUGAGAUAGUUGCGCAUAUUAAUGUUGGUGAAGAAUUUUACGGGCAGCAAUUGAGUGGCCUGCAGCGCUUUGGCACACUAUUGACACUGCAAAAGCGCGUUGAGCUAGUCGUACAUAUAUUGACGAUAUUUCAGUCGAAGUAUAACUCGUGGCAAUCUUCUGGACCACGCUCAAACGAUUCGUCAGUGUCAUCCACAACUUCUUGUUUGUCCGUCUCCUGGAACUUGGUACAAUGUGAUCGGAAAAAGCAGGAACUGCAAUAUCUUGAGCGUCAGCUGACAGAAAAUUUGUGCUGCUGGAUGCUUGCUGAAAUCGAACAGAAUGAGUUGGCAUGUGACAAAAUUGAAACCAAGGCCAAGCCUACACAGUCACUACAGCCUGUUGCAGUAGCGUUAAGGGCUUGGUUUGCCAUGGAUCCUCGUCAGCAAGCAGCUAAUGAGAACACUCUUCACAGUACAGUCUUGAUGGAACUUUGCCAGCGUGUAAACUGCGUGGAAUUGGCAACUCUCAUUAUGGAACUGGUCCUGCGUGCCGAUGGAAAUGAAUACGAUCAUGACCUUGUUGCAAAUGCAAUUGUUCACAGCUACAAAACGACCGUAACUAAUCUGAUUAAUCGGUGUAUGAGCCCUGAAGAAGAUGGAGCAAGUAUUUCUGUAGAGUGGGUAGAGCGUCUUGCCUGGACGUGGGCACUGGGUGCAUCUGCUACUAGUAGCACUCGAAUAGCUGAACUUGAAGAAUACCUGCGCGUUACUUUGCGAAUCUCAUGCGAUGAGAAAGGUAAAGCGCAUACAAUCUACGAACGUAUUAUGAUGCAGCUUAAAGAGUCUCCGUCCACGCUAUUGAAGGAGAUCAUAUCAAGCCGAAAUGAAGAGCUGCAGACCUCUGCUGAAAACAGCACUUUGACAAAGAAUGUGGCCGCGUUGGCGCGUGACGCUGUGCUGUCCCAGUGGAAACAGAUGGUUGCGGUCAAGGAAGAGAAGCAAAAGUGGACGGAAGCUGCAGUUCUCAGUCACGUUAUGUGUUCUUGCGGCGCCACAAAGGGUAUUGACGCUGAUAAUGCUGCAUGGGAUUUUGGCCUGUACGUGAAAGCUGUUUGGUCGAGUUUACUCACGAAACACAAAAUGGACGAAAGUACUAAGCUACAGCACAUUUUCAAAGUUCCAAGCCGCGACAUCUUACACCAGUUUGCUGCCGUAUUCGAGGAGUUGCUAGCUUUUAUUGAGGCACGCCAUCACGACAAUAACCCCAAUGCUUUGCACUUUGCGGAAAUGGCAACGCUGGCAUUGAGUAACUUGCUCGUUCGUCACGGCGAUAUACAUGGCGGUGUAGAAAAGCUCGCACAGCGAGGCGCUUCAGCUUGGCAUCACGAGCAAAAUCUUGCGGUGCAAACACGUGUCCAUGCGCAAUUUGAAGUGGGAACCGUGACCCAGAGACCAGCAACGUUGCAAAUAGCGGAAGCUACAACCUGCUGGACGGCUCUGUUUGCACGGGGUGUCUGGAGUGCUCAGCUUUUGAGUUGGUACACGUCGUAUGCCUUUGCGAAGCUUAGUAGCGAGAAAGAAGCUACGGAAGCGGUGAUCUUGACGUAUUGGGAAACUAGCAACAUUGACAUAGCGAUUCAACUGCUUCUGAUGUGUCCAUUUGAUGAUCUAAGAGAGAAGCACGCUGAUCGUCUGUGGUCGUAUGUACGAACCCUUCCACAAGCAUCUCACAGCUGGUCGACAACCAUGGAGCUUUCGCUUCUGCGCUUUGAUGUUGCAGUGCUUGUGCAAAACGGCCUUUACGCGUCAAUGGUGGCAUUCCUCCUCCAAGGCUCUAAGACAAAUCCAGCACUUUGGACGUCCAGCGGUGCCUACGUCGUGUGCGCAUUGGUGUCAAAGGGCGAGUUUGCAGCUGCUGGUCGUCUCACUUGCGCGUUGCAGCACACACACCCGCUUCUAUGGGAUUUAGAGAAUGCACGUCUAGUGCUUGCAAACUACCUUCGAUCACUCGCCUCAUCGUCUGGACCGUACAAGAAUAUCAACAAUAUCAAUCUCUCUCACCUGCAGCAUCAGGUGUACGUCCAAACAUCCAGUCAAUUUGCAAGUGCGCUCAUUAGCAAGCAGUACGGCGGGGGGCAUUGA